AUGUCGGCCUAUCCAGAUUCCGCGCACGAGAACCACCAAGGCCCACACCCGUCCACGAGCAACCAUCCUCCGCCGCAUUUGAAUGGCCAUAAACGACGUCCAACAGUCGAAUUUCCAAACGGCGACCUCUUGCCCCUGAGCGAUCGUAAUGCCUGGUAUUAUCCGUCCCUUGGCCAUGACUCUGACGAAGAAGAGCUAAGUGUCGGUUUGCCCGAAGGAAAUUGGGGCCACAAGAACACGAAGGGCGCUCGUUGGGUUCGUAGAGGGAAGAUAACAGCUUGGGGUCCUGAAAUGGAGGAUUGGGAGGCUGAACAACGGGCUCGGAAACGUAUUAAGCUCCUCUUGCCCCAAGAACGCCGCUCCCCAUCACCACCUACGCUACCUCAUCUGGCUAGAACACCAUCUCCCCCCCUCGUCUCUCCAUAUCCAGCUCCAAAUUCUCACCAUUUGAACUACUCCACCUUUGUACUGGACAAAUCUAUUACCCACACGUUUCGAUCAAGCCUGCUUGACGAGUUGGAGCAUGCUACAAAUGGUCUUAUUGAAGGGGAGGCUACUAUGAAGAGAGCACUGGGUCGAUUGUGGCAAGUAAUGAGCGAAGACCCCGACGAGAAGUCUGGAGAGUCUUCUGUUGUCCCUAAGCGCGAAGAUGAGGACGAGGACGCGGAUGAUCUGGACGACCAAGCUCGGAGGGUUGCUCGCGCCCCAGACCUCAUCCCAGCUACGCACAAAAUCUUCCUUACACCAUAUCCGACAGAAAGUUCAUCUGGUACUGAACCUCAGUACAAUGUGUCCGAAACACAGUUCAACAGCCUAGAAAAGAACUUGGCAACGCUACGGGAGUUGCAGGAUGACGGACGAGAGUAUGUGGAGCGUCUGCAAGAGAUCCGGGAAGGUCUCGGAGAUGUGAGAGCACAAAGAAAUACGAUUUGGAAUAUGGUUAGGGAGAGGGCGAUAAAGGAGUUACAAGAUGCUGCCUUUGCUACUGUUGCUGCCACUGGGCCAUAA